AUGCCCGAUCCGGACUGUAGCCGCACCAGAAAGCGCAAGUUGUCGGAGGGACAGCCUUCUGCCGCCCCUCAUUUGCUGCUUUCCCAGCAGCAACAACCCAUGCCAAGUUUGGCUACCACUACAGCACAUACCCAAGCUCUAUACGAUUCAUACACUUCGCUAAAGUAUUCGAGUGGAGAGCAUCGAAGUGGUGCAGGAGUGAAACGUAAACCUGACGAGCAGCUUGAAGGAACGAAGGUAGGGUUAUCUGGUCAAACGGUCAGUUCUCUUCCCGUGCCUAAAGUCGCGAUCAAAACGAGUGGCAAGCAGUUAACAAACAAGACGGGUGCUAGAACGAAGCCAAGUGCCGAGGGCGAAUACCAGCUAAUAAAGAAUGAAGUGCUUGUUUCACCUUACCGUAAUCAAUAUGAAGUGCUCGAGUUUCUCGGUAAGGGCACUUUCGGUCAGGUGGUUAAAGCUUGGAAGAAAGGCACCAAUGAAAUUGUGGCCAUCAAAAUACUCAAAAAGCACCCGUCUUAUGCUCGACAAGGGCAAAUUGAGGUCUCAAUAUUAUCAAGAUUAAGUAAUGAAAAUGCUGAAGAAUUCAAUUUCGUACGCGCUUUUGAAUGUUUUCAACAUAAGCAUCACACUUGUUUGGUGUUCGAAAUGCUGGAACAAAACUUGUACGAUUUUCUCAAGCAAAACAAAUUCACACCACUUCCGCUCUCAAACAUUCGACCAAUCGUUCAGCAGGUGUUGACAGCAUUACUCAAGCUCAAGCAUCUUGGUCUCAUACAUGCCGAUCUAAAACCGGAAAAUAUAAUGCUGGUCGAUCCAACUAAUCAACCGUUUCGCGUUAAAGUGAUUGACUUUGGCUCGGCAUCUCACCGUAGCAAAGCAGUCACUAAUACUUACCUUCAGUCGCGUUAUUAUCGCGCACCAGAAAUUAUACUUGGUUUACCCUUUCGUGAAUCAAUUGAUAUGUGGUCAUUGGGAUGCGUGAUUGCCGAAUUAUUCCUUGGUUGGCCGUUGUAUCCAGGUAGUAGUGAAUAUGAUCAAAUUCGCUAUAUCGUUCAAACGCAAGGCCUACCACCGCUUCAAAUGCUGUCUACAGCUGCCAAAACACACCGUUUUUUCAAACAGAUUCACGAUAGCGGCGUAGCGCCCUACUGGCGUCUGAAAACGCCCGAAGAGCAUGAGCAUGAGACAUCAAGUAAGUCGAAGGAAACGCGCAAGUAUGUCUUCAAUUGUCUCGACGAUGUAUCUCAGGUCCGGGUUAAUAUAGCCACAGAUUUGGAUGGAUUAGAUUUGCUUUGUGAAAAGUUGGAUCGUCAGGAGUUUGUUGAUGUAUUAAAGAAGAUGUUAUGUAUGGAUCAAGAUAGGCGCAUUAACCCAUAUGAAGGAUUGCAUCAUCCAUUCAUUACUAUGGGUCGUAUGGUCGAAUACGCUCGAACUAAAUAUUUUCAAAUAUGUGCACAACGUAUGGAAGUGUGCGUACGUAACGGUCGUUCGGCAGUUCAGUCGCAACUAUUUCAACAUCGUGGUGCCGCAGCCGCAGCGCAAGCUGCACCUUCGGUCGCGGGACAAUCUACGGCUCCGAUUCUUGCCGCUCCCGUUGCCGGUGCUCAAGCGGCCGCUCCUGCGGUUCCGCAAGUACCACAGUUGCAGCAGACUGACUUCAGUCAUAUCCUGAAUCAGUACGGUGCCGCUGCAGCGGCAGCCGUUGCUGGUACACAGGGUGCAAAUCCUUCAUAUAUAUACCAACCACUGGCCGCUGUUCUGCCAUAUGCACGUCAAACGCAGUUGGUCAGUUUCACGGGUGCACAUGCGGCAGCCGGUGCACUAAUGCCGCAAUUCGUGCCGGUUUCAUUAGUGGAUCCGGGCAUGCUGGCUGCAGCAUCAGCAUUGCCGCAAGCCGGACCAACAGGGUGGCCGUCUGCACCGCCAGCAGCUCCGUUGGUUUCUUGGCCAGUUGCUUGUGCGGCAGCAGCCGCAUGCGCAGCCGCACAGCAACCUUCAACGGCUGCAGCGCUGUUCCCGAACGAAUUCCUUCUGCCGAACGCCGCCACCGUGCAGGCGCUCACUUCGUCACGCAAUGCUGCAGCCGUCGCUGCUGCGGCUGCAGCACAACAGUUCUCGCACAUCUUUCCACCUCAACCAAAAAAUUUUACCGAAAUGAACAUCGCUCAGUCACAAAUGGAUUACUGGGCACAACCUUACGUACAGCAGUCGAGACGUACAGGCACUUCAAGCAGUAGUGACUAUUGUGCACAACCCUACGUGCCACCGUCGCGUCGUGCUGGAACAUCGAGUAGCGGCAUAGCGGUACCAAACGUCAACAAUUUCCGUCUGAGGACUGCCCAAAAUGGACUCAUCAAAGAUCCGGCUAUUGUUGCCACUGGACCGCGUUUGAGCAAUAAUAAUGAAACACCGAAGUAUUUAGAUGCCGCGAGGUGCGCGAAAAACGUGAAAGUGAAGAGUAGCUGUUCACCAUCGCCAGCCGUUUCCGUAAUCACCCUAUCAUCUUCGGAUGAGGAUGAAAGUCAGCAUGCUUUCGGAGCAUCAACUGGAUCGAGCACCAGUGUGGCAUCCUCUUCACUGACUUCGUCGUUGGUGAGCAAUGCAUCUGGAUCAGGUUCUUUGUUAGUUGGGAGUGCAGUUCGUAAGCCAAGCACACGAUGUGCGGUUGUUCGUCCAAUGCUUGAUGUCAAACGCGAAAUGGCUGAAGAUGUUGGAAAUGCUAAUAUACGACAGCUAAUGCCAAACAUUGAUAUUGCUGCUGCGUAA